AUGCUUUCCUUCAAGAGCAGAAUGAAGACUUUUGCGGGAUGGCCUAAGGACUAUGGAGUAGCAACACCAGAGAAACUAUGUAUUGCGGGGUUUAUUUGUGUAUCUGCUCAAAGUGAGUGUUUGACUGUUCAGUGUGUGUAUUGUAAGAAAACACUUGAGUGUUGGGAGGCAACAGAUGUGCCUGCAAAAGAGCAUUAUUCGCAUAUGAAGACAUGUCCGUUGUUUAAUAUGAACAAGAUUUGCAGCAGACUUGCUAUGUUUACGGGAAAGGAUGAUAAAGAUGCCAAGUCACUGACAAAGAACGGAUUUAUAAGAUACGAUCUUGGAGAUGAGCCAUAUGUAUUCUGCUAUGUAUGUGGGUCAUCAGAUACAAGCCAUGUAUGCAAGAAAGCGAGGAGAAGUGCUUAUGAUCCUUUGAAGAUAUCUAAUGUGUUUUUCUACAGACUGAUUGAGGGAGAAUACAUCAAGGAGGUUGCAGAGUGCUUGGAGUCGAGUUUAUAUGUUCCAAGUAAUCUGCAGGGAUUGGUUAAGAUGCUUGUGAGUGGAAUGGGGAUGAAAGCUGCAUUAACAUUAAAUAUUGGAGAUGCGAUAAGUGGAUUUAUAGGAAAGGUGAUGCAUGAGAUGAAUAGCAUGAUGAUAAAGGACAUGAAAGAGAUCCUUGAUACAGGGCAUGAGAAUGGAGAUAUUGAACUGAUGCGAUUACUCGAAUGA